AUGGCGAAAUCGCUGCAGCUGGCUCUGUUGAUCACAAGAUUCUUAAUGGGUUUUCUUUUCGCUGAAUGCUUUGCACAGCGCCAGAUAUGCUCUUAUUAUGGUAUGAAUCUUUUCUUUUUUUUACGUAUUUUUGUCUCGUAUGCAACUAAGCUUAUUUCAUAGUCUAUCGAAUCAAAUGACCUCAGGGAUCCUUAUUGUAAAGCGGCCAAUUUUAAUAAUUAGGUUAUUUUCCUAGAUUUUAACCUUUUCACGUCAACCUGAAAGGUAAAAGGAUUUUAAAUCCAGCUCGUGCCAUGAAAGUAUCGCUAAUCUGAGAAAGCCACUAAUGGUCAUGGCCGUUUGUGCAAUGCGGCCAAGGUGCAAAGGGCAUAUUCAGAUGUGACUCUUCAUUGCGUACAUAUCGUGUUUCUCCUCGCGUUUUUCAUCGUCGCUUUUCUAUAAUCCAGACUCUGUUACUAUUCCAAGUGAUUAUUUAUUGUCUUUUGUCUCGAUUUUCCUUGUGUCAAUAUGUGUAUGGCAAAAUAUAUACCAAAUCUCCUUACACGCUCAACAAAUUAUUCAAUGGGGUAAAUAUGUUUCUGGUUUUAUGUACUCAUUACGUCACAAAAUACCUUGAGGAGAAAAAUCCACAAUGGUCAUUUGAAUAAUGGGCAAAAAUUCUCACAGAUCCCAGGGAUGCUGGUAAGAUUGAGACAGAUCAAAAAGCUUAUGCAGGGUUGUCAGUCAGUGUAAUGGGAUGCUGGUCAUCCCUUGACACUGCCACUCUCCAGUCCAAGAAACAGAUUGCUGGGUGCAAUACCCUUCAAACCCUAAACCAACAAGGAGAAUUUGUCUUUUUCUGUCAGUGAUUGUUUCCUUUAUUCAAUUCAACUCUUCAACCUCCUCCCCCCUGGGGACAGGUAACCAAUAGGUAUUGAACAGUCAUCUUUGCCUUAGGCAUCUUUGAACCUUGUCUGGGGUGGGAUGGGGAAUCUUAACAAGUUGAAUGCAGGUGUUUGAAUUUUUGAUAUUGAGAAGUUUCAAAUGAAGAGUUAGCUUCAAGAACAAGUAGCUUAGAAGGAAAUUUUCACUUUUCAAAAUGAUGCUUACAAGUAAGAAAACAAACCAUGCCACCAAAAACUAAUUUUUGACUUUGCAAAAUUCUGCAACAUCUGUUGAUCACACAGAAGACUUAUUCAAUUCAAAAAUUGUGCUUGGGUAGGGCAUUUCAAGGUAAUUUUUGCCUGGGAAAGGGAGUUGGAAUUUAAAGGAAUCAGUCUUCAAAACUUUAAAUGCUCAGGGGGUUGCUCAUAGGGAGAUGUUGAAGAUUCAAAUUGAUGGACACAGUCAUGUUUGAUUCAGCUGUAAUUCUGUAAGGAGAAAUUAGAUGUAGAUCAUUCCAUAACCUCAUAAAUAACAUAUUUAUGACCUUGCUAUAAUAUCCAUUGUUAAACCCUGUGUCCAGUUGACUCAAAAGAGAGAUCAGCUUUCAUUGUGUGUAAAAAAGAAAAAUAAACAUGUUCACCCUUUACACCCUAACAUCAGUAUGCACAUUCUCCAUACUGUUCCUUAUACAUUUCCUAAGGCACUGUCAAGGAGAAUUUGUUUAACAAUCAAGAGCUUCUUUAGUUUCUGAUCGUGUCCUUUAUUCUCAUGACCUUCAUGUGUGAUUUAGGGGUGAUAUGGUAAGGAGAAAGUAGAUGCGAGUCACUCACAGGGUUAAUCCCUAUUUCCAUCUUCCAGGUAGUGAAAGGAAACCCAAAGAAGCUUACAGCCUCUCCAACUGUACAUGGUAUAGAGAGAGUUCCUGCUGCACAAGGACAGAAGUGACGUCAUCAUUUUUAGGAAUGCCUCACCUGGCAACUUCCAGUGAUGACUGCCGAAACCGCAUGAAUUACAUGAUGUGCUACUUCUGCAGCCCAGAUCAGUACAAAUGGUUGAGAGAAGGCAAAGUUCACAUCUGUAAAAGUUUCUGUGAUGAUAUCUACACCCAUUGCAAGGAUGCAAAAUAUGAUGGAAAUUCCAUUGGGGCUAAGUAUUCUAAUGGAAAACAUUUUUGUGAAGCGCAAUUUUUCCAAGUGGUAGAUGAAGACUGCUUUGAGUUUGAUGAAGAAAUCUUUGCAAAUGGAUCAUUGCAUCCAGCCUUUUCAAACUUCUUAAAGGUGCUUGUCAUAGUCAAUCUGAUGAAGAACCUUUUGAGGACUUGA